AUGGCUUCUCUAACACUGAGUUUGAGGCCUCAAAAGUCUGCAAUAGUGCUCUUUCUUAUAUGCAUUUCAUUUUCAUAUUCAGUUGAAGAAGUCAUAAUAUCUUCUAAGAAGUUAGACCAACUACCAGCAGAGACUGAAAUCAAGUGUGGAUCAUGUCCUUGUGGAGACACCUGUGGUGACCAACCUCCACCACCCCCACCAUCAACUCCACCUCCUUGUCUAUCUCCGCCGCCACCGCUACCGUCACCACCACCUCCACCACCACCGUCGCCACCGCCUCCUCCUAAGUAUCCCACGUGUCCUCAGAACUGCAACCCCUUGCCACCACCACCGCCAAGAUUCGUAUACGUGCCUGUGCCAGGUGUUCCAAAACCAUAUACUUGGGUAUAUUACUACUCAGGUGCUGAAAACAGAGCUGUGGGAUUGCUUGUUUUGGCUGCUUUGGGAGGAAUAUCAUUGGCAACGCUACUUAUCGAUGACAUCAUGAAGCUAAAUCUAUGCUUCUGA